UUUAAUCAAACCGGAAGUAUAACGCUUCCUGGUUGCAGUUGCAAAUCUAGCCUGUCACUAAACCGAUGACAAAACAAAAUGAAUUAUUGCAAUUUAAUUACAAUAUUUGCAUUUAUUAAUUUGCUUGUUUCCAUACCACAUGGAUACAGUAAUUAUGUUGAGGUAAGUGUCUUUAUUCAUAACUGUUUUUUAAAGCUUCGCUGGUUCAAAACCUGUUUUUUGUUUAAUUUUGUGUUUUGUUAUUUUUGUGCACCAUUAUUAUCCAACAACUGGGCAGUCUUGGUCUGCACGUCUAGAUUCUGGUUUAAUUAUCGGCAUGUGGCGAACACGCUGUCAGUUUACAGAAGUGUAAAGAGACUGGGCAUUCCAGACAGUCACAUUGUGCUGAUGCUAGCCGAUGAUAUGGCCUGUAACUAUAGAAACCCCAAACCAGCCACUGUGUUCAGUCAUAAGAACAUGGAGCUGAAUGUGUAUGGAGAUGACGUGGAGGUGGAUUACCGCGGAUAUGAGGUCACAGUAGAGAAUUUCCUGCGAGUCCUGACAGGGCGUCUCCCCCCCAGCACCCCUCGAUCCAAACGUCUGCUUUCCGACGACCGCAGCAACAUUCUCAUCUACCUGACAGGUCACGGUGGAAACGGCUUCCUGAAGUUCCAGGACUCUGAGGAGAUCAGCAACAUGGAGCUGGCUGAUGCUUUUGAGCAGAUGUGGCAAAAGAGAAGGUACAACGAGUUGUUAUUCAUCAUAGACACGUGCCAGGGGGCCUCCAUGUAUGAGAGGUUUUACUCGCCCAACCUCAUGGCCCUGGCCAGCAGUCAAGUGGGAGAGGACUCGCUCUCACAUCAGCCAGACUUGGGAAUAGGGGUCCAUCUGAUGGACAAGUACACCUUCUACUUACUGGAGUUCCUGGAGGAAGUCCAUCCUGCUAGCCAAGCCAACAUGAACGAUCAGUUUAAGGUGUGCCCGCAGAGUCAGUGUGUGUCCACUCCUGGUCACCGAACUGACCUGUUCCAGAGAGAUCCGGGGAGUGUCCUCAUCACUGACUUUUUUGGAAGUGUCCGCAAAGUGGAGAUCACCAAGGACACUAUCAAUCUGACAUCCCCUGUAGAACCACCAAUAAAGAGGUCUGGAAGCAGCGAUAUACAAAUCGAAUCGUUGACAUAUGUGGACCAACUCCCAGUGGCUGAAAUUAUUCAUCAGAAACCCAAGCAGAAAGACUGGCACCCUCCUGAUGGCUUCAUUCUGGGGCUCUGGACUCUUAUCUUGCUGGUGUUCUUCCAGACCUAUGGCAUCAAGCAUCUCAAACACAUCUUCUGAUUCAUCCCUCCCAGCACCGCAGAGUCAAAGAAUCACUCGUGUCUUCUCUUCCAUAAAAGAGCCCACCCUAACUUUGUUCAUGAUUGAUUCGGUCAGGAAUAGGUUUUUAUUUAUUUUUUUGAUGCAAGUUUGUUUUCUUUGGGUUUUGCUGUGUAUCAUUUUUUGAAAGUGACAUGCACUGACUUCUUACAUUGAGACAUUCUUUGUUGUUUGUUGCUCAGUAGUGAAAGCAUUUGAAUUUCACACAGGGACUUUCUUUUGAACUAAACACGCAGACAGCUUGCAGGGAGAAGCAUACUUCUUAUUUGUUGGUUUGUACUUUAAUUUCCAGUUCUUCACUUGUUCUCAGUGGGAUGAGUUUUUUUUUUUUUUUUUUUAAAGAGAUAAUCUAAAUAUGUGCAAUUGCUGAUCUGUUGUUUCAAUUGCACUUUAUAAUUUGCAUUUUUAUUAUUUAAUAGUUAUUUGAAGUGGAAAAGGACACUACUUUGCUGUGUAGCACAAAUAAUUUAUGGGUCAUAUUUUACCACAAUUGAGAAAAUAAGUAAUUUUUUUGCAUAAAGAAAAUAAAGCCUAUUUUAGGAUCAUUAAGUUUUUUUUUUGUUGUUGUUGUUUGUUUGUGUUUGUAUUUUAAGCACAUUUUAAUCUCAAAUUCUCAUUGUCAUAAUGAAAAGAAACAUCUCGUUGUCAUGAAUGUAAUACAGUGAUGGAUUUUUUUUUAAAAUCAGCAUAAAUCAAAUCAAGUACAAGAAAUGAUAACAUAUCAAUAUUGUCCUUAAUUUAAAUAAUAUAACAUUUGUUUUCCACAUAUCAUUAAACUGCUGACAUGAAGUGGGUAGAACAUGUCAUGAAAUUAGCAAAAUAUCUUAUUGGUCCUAAAAUAGGCUUUGUUUUUUAAGCAAAAUAUAAGCUCUUUGGUUUUUGUGGCCUAGACAUUUUCAUGAAAUCACCCAGCAAUAAAUGUGAAGAAUUAAUGGACAACAAACAACAUUUCCAUGUACAGCAACCAAAUAGCUCCAUUUGCCUGUGGCUGUCCUGUAUCUGUCCAUUAGCAUCUCUGCUGCACUUGAACUGUGUUAAAGGGCUCGACUGAAUUCACCCUCAGCUACACAGCAAGUGUGAAUGAGAGAUUGACAAAUUGCACUCUCUAAUUAAUUUUUUUUUUUUUUUUUUUUUUUGUCUGUCUAAUGCAUCAUUAACUGUUGGUAGGUCAGACAUCAAGGAUUGUUUAGAAGAACAACCCACAAUAAAAUAUUCACUGGAACUCACGUUAUGUGAGUAAAUGCAUUAUGAGAAUUUCUACAGUGCCAUUUUGUCUUUUUCCCAUUUAUGUUCUCUAGCAUCUUGCUUUAUGUUUUUAUUAUAAAACUGGCUAAAGGUGACAUUUUGAAUAAAGCCUACAGUGAAAAGACUCUGAAA